AUGACUGGUGCAGAUAUGCUUAUAUUAACAGCCAUGAGUUAUGAUCGAUAUGUGGCCAUCUGUAACCCUUUGCAUUACCCAAUGGUCAUGAACAAUAUUGUCUGUGUUCUCUUGGCAGUCUUCUCUUGGUUGUUGAGUUCUCUAGACAAUGCAAUUCCUCUGUUUUUUUGGUCACAUAUUUCCUGUUUUACAACAAAUAUAAUCAAUCAUUUUUUCUGUGAUCUCGUUCCUCUUAUGGAACUUUCUUGUGAUGACAAGUCUGCUUUGGAGAGUUUGGUCCUCAUAGAAGGAACACCUAUAGUUCUGAUUCCAUUCUUUCUAACUUUCAUGUCAUACAUUUUCAUCAUUGCCACCAUCCUGCGAAUCCGCUCUAGCACUGGAAGACGCAAAGCCUUCUACACAUGUUCUUCACACCUUACGGUUGUCUCUCUUUUCUAUGUGUCACUUUCCUUUGUGUACUUGAGUCCUACCACUAUGAACAGUUUGACAUUUAAGAAAAUAUCCUCUCUUUUUAACUCAGUAGUUGUCCCUUUGCUAAACCCACUUAUUUAUAGCUUGAAAAAUAAAGAGAUGAAAUCAGCCCUUAAGCGACAGUUUCGAUUUAUAUGGUGA